GAUAUGAAAAAAAUGUCGUAGAUGGGAUUACCAAGAUACCAAUCGUAUCUUUGUGGUACUUGGAUAAUACCCCUUCAAGCUCACGCACAACAUCAAUCUCUAAAACAGACGUGAACAUUGUAGUCGAUAUUUAUAAAAAAUUCCCUUCUAGAUCCACCCCACCGUCUCCCGGUUUGUGUCUAAAUUGUGAAAUAAACAAUGAGUAUUUGCAUCAUCAUCGUCAAGAACUAAAGAAGAACGUUCGCAGUUGUUUAGCUGCGGCCACGAUGUGCUUUCGAUUCAAUAGUUCAAUGUAUCUUAUUCACCACGAGCCCCCGGCGCAAGGCCUUAUUAUUCACUUAAGAAGUUCAGGGAUUUAUACCCAAGGCGUCGCUUAUACACAGGCCGUCCACCUUACGUCAGGUCUGGUUACCCAACUGGUAACUUUCGCAAGCUAUGGCCACGAUGAGCUUUCAUCUCCCGAAUUUACACCUAGUGGCAGCGUAACUUCAGAUACAUAA